AUGUUGUCGGAUAUGAUGGAAAUUGCCGGCUAUUCGAAGCAGUCUCAGGACUUUCACCGAACUUUCUUCACAGAUCGUGUAGCACGAUCUCUCGGGCCUCAUCCUCGCGCGAGUGGUCCGCCGAAGUCGUGGCAGAGUUUCAUGACAGAUGAUCAUACACCUGCCGAACUUAGCUGGUGCUGGUGCUCCAAGCGCAAGAUCCCAGCCGUACGCUAUUCAGUUGAGCCAAUUGGACAAUCAGCGGGAUCAGUAUCCGAUCCUUUCAAUUUAUUUGCAGGUGUGCAGAUGCUCGGGAAUGCUCUCCCGGUUUCUCCAGAUCUGGAUCUCCAGCUGUAUCGACAUUUUUCCAACAAGCUGCUCAGUCCUCAGCAAAUCAAGCCUUCGGAAGUCGAGAACGGGGUUCAACAUCCUCAGUCUCAAACAUUCAUAGCAUUUGAUCUUUUGGAGGAUAAGGUCGUGACGAAAUACUAUUUUAUGCCCAGUUGGAGAUCAUCACGAACGGGGAAAUCGAACCUCGAAACUGUCGAAAAUGCGAUACAGAGUCUAGACUCAGUUGGAAUCCAUUUUGGCAAUUCCCUUAAUUUAGUCACCGACUUCUUGCGUUCGUUUGAUGAAAAAGAGCAGCUCCAGGUCGAAAUUCUCGCCAUCGAUUGUGUGGAUCCAGUACAAUCGCGGAUAAAGAUCUAUAUAAGAUCACCACGGACCUCGUUUGAUAGUGCUGUGGAUAUGUUGACCAUGAAGGGAAAACUCGAUCCCAUCUCCGACAUUGCGUCGCUGAAAGAGUUAUGGUGCAAUAUAUUUGGAAUUGAUGACCAAAGCUUCGACGCCUCGAACUCCCUUCCAGAAAAAGGCCAUCGCACUUCGGGCUUGCUUUACUAUCUGGAAAUCAAAGCCAGCUGUCCUAGUCCGAAGACGAAGGUGUACUUGCCAGUGAGACACUAUGCUCAGGAUGACGAGCAGGUGGCACGAGGUUUAUCGGCCUUUCUUGAAAAGCGAGGCAAAGGAUUGAGUAACGGAUCCUACUAUGAAGGGGUCUCUCGGCUCUGUAAACACCGAAACCUGGGCGACGGUUUGGGGUUCCAUACUUAUGUUACUUGUGCAGUUGAUGGUGAUUCUCUGGCCGUUACAUCUUACUUGAACCCAGAGACAUAUCAUUCGUCUCGGCCACGUGGAAAUGUGAAAGCCUGA